GCCUGACGGCACCGGUUGUUUCCGACGACGGCGUGGCGCGUGCUCUUCAUCCACGACGAACCCUGAAGUUCGGGUGUUAUUCGCGUCGCAGCGCUUUUAACGCAACGUCACAGCAGAGCAGCGUGCGCAAGUUGUGUGCAGAGAGUGUCGUCGGCUUCGAACGGGUUACCUGUCCAUUUCGUACAACGUGCUUUGAACGAAGUGUACAACGUCCAAGCGUUUUGUUUUAUUUUAUUUUCUAGCGCGCCGGUGAACUGCCACAAGCAGCGAGAUGAUACAGCCUGCGCAAACGACGUGCCAACACAGUGUAUGAUAUCAGUGUUUUCGCGCUACCGCGGUGCUGACGUGAGUGUGUGUUUUUUUUUUUUGUUAGUGCGCGAGGUGUUGUUUGUGUGCACGAAGGAUUAAUUCCGGAGGAUUUUAUUCCCACGAGAAGAGUGAAUUAGCGAAAGUAUGGCGGAGUACGAGGAAAUGGUGCGGCUCGUUGACGGAGCUUACAAGAACAUCUUGGAAAAGUUCAAUCCCUGCGCCAGGCAACUCAUCGCUGCCGGGAAGACGUACCUGAAGGCCUUACACGCCGCUGUUGCCGCUUCCAAAGGAUACAUGGACGCCAUCUCUCGACUAGCGCGCCAUGCUCACCAGGCCACCUGGGGAGGGUGCACGGACAUAGGUACAGCUCUGAUGCAGCUGGUAGAUGUACAGAAAGAGAUAGAGAAUCAGCAGAUGAACGUGCUCAAGGCCUUCUACGUAGACGUGAUUGUACCGCUUGAGUCCAACAUCGAGAAGGACGCCAAGGUGGUGGCUAGCGAGCAGAAGCGAUUCAUGCAACAGCAGAAGACGCACCACGAGUCCUACCUCAAGAUCGCCUCUCUCGUCAAGAAGCAGCGCAAGAAAAGUCGUGCCGGAAACCGAGGCUCCAACGUUGACAAAGAGAUCAAGCAAAUGCAGAGCCUGGAAGAAGAGAAAGGCAAGCUCGACGGAUUUUGCGAGAGCAGCCUGAAGCAGGCCAUCACUCAGGAACGGCGGCGAUUUGGCUUUGUCCUGGAGCGCCAGUGUUCCCUAGCCAAGCACUACAUGGCCUACACAGCAAAGGGACACGCGCUGUUGCAGCAGAACGUCGAAGGUUGGUUGGACAUCGUCAGGACCAGGGAGACGCUACCGGAGUCCAUCAGCAAGAUUUUCAACACGGUGCCUGAACUUCGGCUUCCCAUACGGUGUAGCAGUGAGUACGCCUGCUCGGGCAUCCUGUCCGAUCCCGAGUGCUCGUACGGCGGGAGCCUGUCACGCCGGUUGCCGCGCAGCACCGACAACAGCUGCGUCGACCUGCGCUCCCUUAUCGCCGAUCCGUACGGACUGCCUCCGAGGUCAAGCAUCGCCAGGGCCAAGUCUGACUUCAACCUAGCCUCUUCUACUGCCAGUCUAGACUCAGCAGAGUAUGUGACUCCAAAUCGCGGAGGCGGGAGCCCCCUGGCGGGCGGCAUGGCACUGGGCGUGGCCUCGGGUGACAGGCCGCGGGUUCGAGCCCUGUACGCGUACCUCUCGAGUGGUGAGCACCAGCUCAGCUUCCACGAGGGUGACGUCAUCGCGCUGGUUGGAGGCCGAAACAAGGGCUGGCAGUACGGCGUCAACCUCAGGAAUAGCAGGUGCGGCUGGUUCCCCAUAGCCUACACGGAACCGCAUGAUCCGGGAGACGCGUCGGACUUCGACAGUUUCAUCAGUGGCUCGGACAGCUCUGCGGCCGUGCCGUCAUCAUCGUCGGAGUCAUCAGGAGGCUCCUCAGGCCUCGGUCGGUGGCGGCCGCGCAGCACCUACUUCACCACCGACUUCAUGUUGCCUCCUGGCCCUGCACCACGCCGUCCGCUGUCCAGCUUUAUUGACGCUCCGUCCUUCCCCUUACGGCUGGACCCGCGUGGCGAGGACGUCACCGACGAGCCCCAUCAUCGAGGGUUACAACCCAAUCUACUUCCGGCCACCGGUUCUCCCGGAAGAGGACGAGGAGGAGAAGCAGGAUCCUCCUCUUCCGGAGUCUCCUCAGCAGCCUCCUCAGCCACAGGAAUCCCCUCGGGCGGCUCCUCAACCUCCUGUGGCGCCACCCCCUCCGCCACCUCCUCCACCGCCCCUGCCACCAUCCAUCCCGUGUACGGACGGCACACCCCAGUGGCGGCGGGCUGCGGAACCUUGAGGCCUCCCCGGCGCUCUAUGACGUCACCGUGCCCGUUCCCGCUCCUGCCACCGCCGAAGCUGCCGCCGCCCGGAAGCAUGCUGCACGGGAGCAGCGACAGCGGAUUCGGCAACGAGGCGACGCUCACUGGAGCCGCCACACCGGCGGCAGCGGCGGCGGCGGGAACGACGGGGGCGCCCGGUGUGGUGACGUCAACGACGACGGUGCCUGCGUCACCCGACGUCAAGGGACGACGGCGGCGCUGACGCGUCAGGAGAGUGUCAGGGAAGGAGGAUGAAGAGCAAGAGGAACAGCCCAGAGAAAACGUAUUCUCGUCCGUCAAACUGAAGAAGGUGCUAACCGAUGACCGAUCGGCACCGAUGAUCACGUGAGGCAACUAGCGCGCUGCUUCCUUUGUUUUCGUUAUUUUUUCGUCAUCGCCUAGGGCGUGAUAUGCCUCGACUAAAUCAACGCCCACAACAACCGAGAAGAUGAAACAUUCCAGGCCAUGGCCAAUGCAGCAGCAGCGACUCUGCUAGAAGAACAUCAAUUCGUGCCAAAGGCAUUGCAGUUGUUAAUUUUCGCCCUUUUGCACGAUCCUUGCCACUAUUAUUUGUUUAUUUUUCUUGCUUCUAUAGUCGGCUACAACCCAAGAAUAGAUACAAGGACCUCCAACAGACCGGCGGUGCCCACGUCAAUCAUCUCGGUCGUUUUUGUUCGUGCUUAUGUAAACCACGCAUAUCUAAAACUGAAAUCUUGUGGUUCCUACAUGAAAUUUUACCUUCCUAUACACUUGUGUCCGAAUCUCUGUUGGAGUUUGCGUGGACGUUUGAGUUUCUAGCUUAAGAAGGAUGGACUGCUGGGCGAGUUGGUAAUUCAUCUUAACUGAGUUGCGCGAAAAAAUUGAAGUACAAAAGGAAGACAGCUGGACACAGCUUGAAAACCAGCAACGCGAAGAUGCUUCUAUGUGGUCACGCCAUGUACCUUAUGAUUGAGCAAUGUGCUUGGCGUCACGCAAAUGAGCAAACGUGAUUGGAUGAAACGUCUAUGCUUACUUUCUCUUGUGCGGUGCAGUGAUGUUUGCGGGAGGAGCUCUUGUUUGUUCUCGGGUUGUAACCGACCACAGCGUACCUAUGCUAUUUUUUAAGAAACUCGUAGUCGGACAUCGUUGGAAGAAUGUUUGUACACAAACGAGAUUGGAUGGACGCAAGGCGCCCCAUUAGUAAUAAAUAUAUUAUAAUUAUAUACAUAUACAUAUGUACAAAAAUGGUUGCGCGCCACUUGUUGACCUGUACAACGCGUCGGGGGCAUCUUUUGCUAAUAAAACACCCACAAAUCCUUCCACA